UCCGCAAGGCCCCUCCACCCCCGCCGGCGCCCGGGGCCAUGGCGGCGCCCGGGGACCCGCGGCGGCUCUACCGGCUGGUGCAGGAAGGCCGGCUGUGCGCCCUGAGGGAGGAGCUGAGGGGAGCUGGGCCCGCGGGCUGCCCGGGGCCCUCCGGGGACACUCUCCUGCACUGCGCCGCCCGCCACGGGCAUCGGGACGUGCUGGCCUAUCUGGUCGAGACCUGGGACAUGGACAUCGAGGCCGCCAACCGAGACUACAAGCGGCCUCUGCACGAGGCUGCUUCGCAGGGCCACCGGGACUGCGUGCGCUAUCUGCUGGACAGAGGAGCCGUGGUCGACUGCCUCAAGAAAGCCGACUGGACACCUUUGAUGAUGGCCUGCACAAGGAAGAAUCUGGAGGUGAUCCAGGACCUUGUGGAACAUGGCGCCAAUCCACUUCUGAAGAACAAAGACGGCUGGAAUAGUCUCCACAUUGCCAGCCGAGAGGGUGACCCUCUGACCCUCCAGUACUUGCUCACUGUUUGCCCAGCCGCCUGCAAGACAGAGAGCAAAAUCGGGAGAACUCCCUUGCACACGGCAGCAAUGCAUGGCUGUUUAGACGCAGUAAAGGUGCUUCUACAGAGGUGCCAGUACGAAGCUGACUGCGCCGACAGGUGUGGCUGCACACCCUUCAUGGACGCGGUUCAGUGCGGCCACAUCGACGUGGCCAGGCUGCUGCUCGAGCAACACAAGGCUUGCUGGGCUGCACGGGACGCCCUGGGCGCACAGGCCAUCCACAGGGCAGCCGUCACCGGGCAGGACGAGGCCCUCCGCUUCCUGGUGUCCGAGCUGGGCGCCGAUGUGGAUGCCAGGGCAGCACCCAGCCGCCUGGCGCCGCUGCAUUUCGCCGCUAAGGAAGGACACGUGAGCACGGUCCAGGUGCUCCUAUCCUUGGGUGCUGACAUCAACUCCAAAGAUGAAAGGAACCGAUCAGCCCUGCACCUGGCCUGCGCCGGCCAGCACACAGCCUGUGUCGAGCUCCUCCUGCGGUCCGGGCUGAGCGACUCUGCAGACAUCUCGGGCACCCUGGCUCAGCAGCUCGCUCACAGCGCAGACGUCCUUCAGUGCUUUGACCACUGCCCCGCAUCCUGAGGGUGCUUCUGAGAGAGGACAGCGACACGCACGGUGACCACAUCCUGCUGCUGCCGUCGUUGGGGUCCCCGGCCAGCAGCCCCGGCCGCCCCUCUCUGGAGAGACCCCAGGCCAUGAGGACGUUGGCUCCCGAGCCGUGUGACCCGCACGCAGCGUCUUACAUGACCCGGAUUCCGCUUUUUCUGCCCUUCUUGUGGAAUUAGGGGAUGUUCACGAAGUCAGUGUCUGGAGCCCUGAGAGAAGCACGUGACCUGCGUGAAGGUAACAGAGUACUGUUUGCGUAAAUACAUCAGGUGUUUCAUGAGUAAUGUUAUGGGGGAAGGCAACGACAAUGGUGUUAACGGUACAAGAGCCGUAAACGUAAGGGGCCUGCUGCUUCCUUCCCUCCUCGCUUCUUCUUGGUCAUUACGGUGGCUUCACUUUGGUUCUGUAGCCAGGAUGGAGAUGCCUACACAGACAUUUGCGAGGAAAUAAUGGAAAUAUUUGUACAUUCUAAGCACUGCUAGUUAAGCUAGAAUGUUUCAGUCUUGAGGUUAUUUUUUAAGGUUCUGUGUUGGCUCUCUUCAGAUAAUAAACACACCUAAAAAAUGCAGCUAAGAUAUUUUCCAAACUUUUCCACCUCAGUUGAAGAAUGGAGUUUGUUCUUAAAACGCACACCCCAUUUCCUGUCCCGAGCCACCUGCCCCCUAGAGCCUGUGAAUGUGGAGGACACUUGACAUCGUAACUCCAAAAAUCCUGUAGCAGAUUGAAGGGAGGCUGUGUCCUCGGGCAUUCCGAUUCUCUUCCUUUUUCCUUUUGGGGGGAGGAGAUGAAGGUCAUUUUCUCUGGGUGACAAAGAAUAAUUAGUCCAGGUCAGUCUUAGAAAAUCACAAGCCAGACUCGAUCCUCCUGCUGGUCGUGAACCAGUAAGGACGGACUGCGUGCCCGCCCAGCCUGAGCAUCGUGCUGGGCCGGGGGAGGAGCAAGACUCCCGCUCUUCAUCAUCCCAGACGGCGCGAGCCGGGUCCCAGUCUGAACAGCCAACACCUGCUGGUGUCGUCUGUCUCGUGACCUCUACGUGGCACCCCGUGUGAUCUGUGCCAGUUCAAGCUUCACUCUCUGCUGCUUCAGAGAUCCACCCCAUGUUGCUGCCCUUUGGCUCUGAAGAUGGCCCUGUGACCUGCGGGAGGACAGAGGGGCGGGUGAGGUGCCGGCCAUCCUCCCCGCGCACACACGAUGCAGCUCCUGAUUCGUCGCGGCUCCACGCGGGGUCCCUGCACACCUGCAGCUGCGCGUCUGCCCCACAAACCAGCGGCGAUUGUGGUGCGUGAGGCUGCGCUUUUGCUCCCUGUGCAUCCAACUCUGUUCUGUGGUGUAGACUGUGGCUGCUGGAGCUUCUCGAGGACCAGAGACCACGGUGUAGACGCCAGUGGUGUUGAUUGUGGCAAAAGCGGCAGGGACAGCCCAGAGACAGUCUACCUCUGGGGUCACCAACACUAGGAGGGAGUCGUGCCCUCACUUCCUAAUCAUGGGUGCUUGACUCACCUUCUGGGGAGUCCCCACCAGGCCACCCGAUCUAAAACUGCAUCCCCUCCUCCAGCAUUUUGGGCCUCCUGUCCCUUGCUUGCUUUUUCCUUGUUAGCACUUACCACCGCCAGAUACACCACACAUCGUGAGUCCUGUUCUUCAUUUACUGCAUGUCUCCCCCGCUGUAUCACCAGCUCCAGGGUGGGACGUUGUCUCCCUUGUUCACUGGCUGUCUACACAGCCCGGACAGUGCCUGAUAUGAUAUUAUGUGGUCGACGAGUGAAUGAUGAUUCGUGUUUCUUGAACACGUACUGGGUCCUGAACGCAGUGCUGAGUGCCUUACCCACACAGUCUCUCUGUGUCCCCCUCGUUAUGACUCCACCCCCGGCACCCUUUCUCUGCCAGACUUCUGCAGCCGGCCCCCCAGCUUACAGACGCUGGCCCCUUACUGCUGCUCUGCGGGGUAACCAAGGCCUUGCUGACUGACACACGGAGCAGUGUAUUUGUAGCCCUCAUGUUGCUGAUCCUUCCACUUCAGCGUGACUGUUGCUCUGAAUCCCUCCUGCCUUCUGGAAGCCUGUGCCUUGUAGUGGCUGGUAACGCAUGCCUGGGUUUUUUGACUUUUCAUCUCUAUGUCCGUCAUGAGCACCUGUUUUAGGGCCUGUCCUGAAAAGCUGCUGUGCCCCUGCUUGUGUCUGCUCACUCUGCAUGUGCUCCUUGGCCGUCUCGUCUGUGCUGGACCCCACUGCUCCUCGUGGGGACACUCCAUGCCUGUCACCCAGGUCUGUUCUAGGCCAUCCCAACUCAGUUUAUCUGAAACCUACACUCUCCGUAAGCUGCUUACUCAUGUACCCAGCUGGCUGCCACCAUCUCUCAAGCUGGAAGCCAGGAAUCCGUGACUCCCAGAUUCAAGACCUCCAGCCAUCAUCCAGACCACGGUGGGAUCCUAACUGUGCUCUUAACCCCCACCCUGGGCCUGCCCUCCUCAACGCUGUCCCCCGCAUGGCUGUCCCAGAGCUCUCACCAAGGUGGCCAGGGUGCUGAUUGCUGACAUGUUCCCCCACCUGCCUCCACAAGGGCUGUUGGCUGGUCCUGCAAGUGCCCCUGACCCACCAUGAAGGUCUGUUCCUAAGAGAGAUCAGGGCAGAAGCCUCUGGAAGGAGAUAGAAAUAAGAAAGAAUUGCAAUCGUUUGAAAAUAGAUACAGCCUAAUGUACAUUAUUGGAAAAAAAUAUGCAAGAAAAUAUUCACAAGAUAAUAUAAAAAGGAGAUCUUAAAAUGGAAAAGAAAUUACACAAGUCAGGCCAAAAAUGGAAAACUCCAUGAAGGGAGCCCAGGUGAGGGGACACGGGGUGUGAUUCCCAUGCUCGCUGCUGGAGACUGCCAGCAGGGGGCAGACCCGAGAGCUGACCGUGCGGUCCCGCCAGUUUGCAAGGCUCACAGGAUGUACAAAACAGUGAAGGAGAAACAGAAAUUGCCUAUUUCCCACUACUCAGAAAUAACCACCCUUAUUUCCUCCUGGCCUUUAAGUGUAUAUGUUGGAGGUGACGCCGUGUGCACAGUCUCCCCUAACUUUUGGUCCGAAGUGUAUCCUAACAUUCUGCAAAACUUUGCAUAAUUUUAUUUUAAUCACUAAUGCUUCUCGGAGUUGCUGUCUGUAUUUAUUCUCUAACGUUGUCAUUUUUGUUUUGCUUUGGUAAGAGAGGACCUGGGACAUCAGUGAAGCCCUUGGACUCGACGGUAGGCAGAGGCAGGGCCGUCAGAACUGGAAGAGGCUCGAGUCUGAUCCCAGGUCAGGGCCAUGUGGGCCCAGGAGAUGGAGGGGCCAGCGGGGGCGGGGGGGCCUGCGCUCUUGGAGAUGCUGAGUGGUGAGAAGAAAGAACUAGGAAGACUGUUUAACAGCACAGGUUUACUCAGGGUGAGACCCUAGUGUUUCAGGCUCCAAUAAGGGCUGCUUUUGGGGGACAGAUGAAGGCUUGUUGGUGGAGUGGGCUCUGUAGAAGGUGGGGAGGGAGGGGGAAGGGAGCCCGAAAGCCCCCGGGGGCGGGACGCCUGGAUCAGGAUCAGGAUCAGGUGCACACGAGAAGGAAGACGGGAUGACGAGGAAGUUUCUGGUGCAACCGCGUACAUGGCUCAUUUAACAUCAGUAUUUGGAGGAAUUGGGGUUUGUGGAACCCAAGGGUUAGUGUUGGGGUCUUUAUAGACUUUUAAAAACAGCUUUCCUGAGCCAGCAAGGGUGUGGAGGACAUCAGCGCCCACUUAGAGGGUGAUGUGGUUUUUACUGGGAAGGAACGAGGCAGAAGGGAGGGCCUGGCUGUGGCGGGAAGGACUUGCUGGGUGUGCGUGAUGGAGGCCUGUCACAGCCAGAGUCUUAGUUCCAAUGACUGUCCCUGAGAGGAGCCCUGGGGAGGGAUCACGUGAUGAGCCGCCUGCCUCUGCCCGCCUCUAACGGGCCCCGCGGACUCGAGCCUGAGGAUUGUCCUGGGCACCAGAAGCCACAUCUGGAAAUACAGCAGUCCUAACCCCCUCGUGCAUGGGGUUACUGUCCUGGAUGUUUUCCCAAGGCAAAGUGGUGGCAGAGCUUGGUUUCCAGGACAGGCUGGAAUCAGGCUUCCU